AUGGCCCCAGCUCUCGUUCACCCCGAAGAAACAUCAGAGGUAAAGAAAAAUGCUUUGGCUGAGCAGCGACCCACGAUGAUCCUUCACCGUACCCCAUGGAGGCCCCCGGUAGCAGUAAGCGGUCAGGGAAUUUACUUGCAGCUCGAAAGCGGGCAGACAGUGAUCGAUGCGGUCGGUGGAGCCGCGGUUGCGUGUAUUGGAAACGGACACCCCGUUGUGAAGCAAGCAAUUAAGGAUCAGGUAGAUCGCGUAUCUUAUGUAUACAACAUGCAGUUGUCGAAUGAGCCUGCAGAGGCUUUGGCCAAGUAUUUGGUCGAAACCAGCAAUGGCGCCUUCGAGAUGGUUGGAUUUGUCUCGGGCGGAUCCGAGGCUAUGGAAGGCGUUAUCAAGCUGGGCCGCCAGUUCUUCCACGAAACCGGUCAGCCACAACGCAAGAAUUACAUUGCGCGUCAGUUGUCGUUCCACGGAAAUACAGUCGCGACUCUAUCGCUAGCGUAUCACCCUACUCGGAGGGCACCGUACGAAGCAAUCCUAGAUCAUGACAACUUCCACCAUGUUAGCCCCGCGUAUGCCGCCCGCUUCAAAAAGACAGGUGAAACGGACGGGCAGUACGUGGACCGAUUACGACAAGAACUCGACGAUAAGUUCGUUGAGCUUGGACCCGACACUGUUAUUGGGUUUGUCGCAGAGACCGUAGUGGGCGCAACCACCGGGGUAGUCGCUGCACCGGAAGGUUAUUUCAAGGCCAUGAAAUCGGUGUGCGACAAAUAUGGUGCCUUGUUCAUCCUAGACGAAGUGAUGAGCGGAAUGGGUCGCAUGGGUAGUACGCAUGCAUGGGAGACUCUUGGUGACGGAAUUGCCCCCGAUAUUCAAGCUGUAGCGAAGGGACUAGGUGGAGGAUACGCCUCCAUUGGAGCCGUCCUUAUCUCGAAAAAAGUCGCUGAGGGAAUUCGAGGCAAGUCAGGACUGUGGAAGCACGGUCACACGUAUCAAGCCCACCCGCUAGCAUGUGCCGCCUCCCUCGCCGUCCAACAGGUGAUCAAAUCCGAGAACCUGCUUGAGAACAUCCGCACCCAAGGUGCCUACCUAGACAAACUCCUCAACGAUCGCCUCCGUAGCCCGAACUCUCUUACUGCUCCGUUCACUUUCGACAUACGAGGCGCUGGGGGGUUCUGGGGGGUGGAGUUCGACUUCGAAGUGCCCGAGGGUGAGAAGAUCGACUUCAAAGGGGGGCAGUUCGGUAUUCUUGCGCAGGCGCGAGCGUUGAAGAAUGGGCUGGUGAUUAUGGGCUUUGGGGGAGGGUCGAACCUUGAGGCGACGAAGGGCGACCACCUCAUCCUGGCCCCUGCGUACAAUGUGACGAAGGAGGAAAUCGAGAAAAUUGUCGCCAUCUUUGUGCGCAGCGUGGAGGAAGUCAUAUCAGAGUACUCUACCGCAUGA